CCCAGUCGCCGGAGCUGCCGAGCGGUCCCCAUCGCCUCUCCACCCUCCGCCGUCCCUCCCGCGGCAGCUCCGCCGGCACCGGCGGAGGCAGCAGCGGAGCGAGGGGCGGCCCGGGGCCGCUGCCCCUUCCCCGCCGCGGGGCUGUGCGCGGCGGGCAUCGCCGGGGGUGCUUGGAGCGCGGAGCGGAGCCCGGCGCCGCCUCCAUGUUCCAGCUGCCCAUCCUCAAUUUCAGCCCGCAGCAGGUGGCCGGGGUAUGCGAGACCCUGGAGGAGAGCGGGGACAUCGAGCGCCUGGGGCGCUUCCUCUGGUCCCUGCCCGUGGCCCCCGCGGCCUGCGAGGCGCUCAACAAGAACGAGUCGGUGCUGAGAGCCCGGGCCAUCGUGGCCUUCCACACGGGGAACUACCGGGAGCUCUACCAUAUCCUGGAGAACCACAAGUUCACCAAGGAGUCCCACUCCAAACUGCAAGCCCUCUGGCUGGAAGCACACUACCAGGAGGCGGAGAAGCUGCGGGGCCGACCCCUGGGGCCGGUGGACAAGUACCGGGUGAGAAAGAAGUUCCCGCUGCCCCGCACCAUCUGGGACGGCGAGCAGAAGACACAUUGCUUCAAGGAGAGGACGAGGCAUUUGCUGCGGGAGUGGUACCUGCAGGACCCUUACCCCAACCCCAGCAAAAAGCGGGAACUGGCUCAGGCCACGGGACUUACCCCCACGCAAGUGGGCAACUGGUUCAAAAACCGCAGGCAAAGGGACAGGGCAGCAGCCGCUAAGAACAGGCUACAGCAGCAGGUCCUAACGCAGGGCUCGGUGCGCUCUCUGCAAGCGGAGGAGGAGAGCGGCGGGGAGGCGGUGGGGGCCGCCUCCAGCCCCGCAGCCAGCCUCUCCAGCAAAGCGGCCACCUCCGCCAUCUCCAUCACAUCCAGCGACAGUGAAUGUGACAUCUGACAGCACCGCCAUGGCAAAGCGGGCCGAGAGGGAGGCCCGGCUCACCGGUGCCUGCCG